AUGGAGGUGACUCUGAGGGUGUCUGACUUGAAUCUCCUAUUGCACUUCCCUUUUAAGGAUCAAAUAGUUUUGAAUCCGCAGCAACCGGAAGUGAGACUGCCCAAAGAGGUGUACCAAAGUCUGAUUAUCAAGUCCUCAGGGAGUGCUACGCGUCUCAUUCGACUGCUGAUGAAGCAUUUCUUCUCACAGGAUGAACUCGCCGCUUCCUCACUUUCCGGAGAGGGAAUAUACAAACGACGCCUGAAGCCCGACAUCACCGAAGCAAUCAAAUUGGAGCUUGCAUUCCGUGAUCCCUCUUCUGAAUUGGAAUACGCUAGGCUUAGGCAACAGAACACACCACUUGAUGGGCGUCAAUGA